UAGCAUAUUCAAAAGCAGCACCGAACCGCUGUCAUAUUCCUCUCGUUUUUCCCUGAUCCUAUCAGCUGAUCCUGACACUUUCCCCUAAUAUUCACAGUGUUCCCUUUUCGUUCCAAUCAAAUUGCUGUGCCCCGGUCCUCAGAACCCGUGCUUUCUCCCAGUCUCAUUCCCUAAAGUUUCUGUUCGUGUGUAAGUUGCUGAUUUUUGGGUUGAAAAUUUUUCACCUAUCUGCCCCACACGUACCUUUGGCAAACGGAAGUGCAGCAACCACAAAAGCCGAAUGUGCCGCAAUCUAGUCAUCGAUGCUUUUCAGUGACACCAUUUAAGCAAUUUGACCCUUUUCAUCGAUACUGUGAUCCAAAUUUCGUGCUCCCGUCUACUGAGUCUAGUUUUAGUGAUGGUAACGAAGAUGUACGGUUACGUGCUCAAGAGCGAGAUUUAUCAGAUUCUGUACGUGCAGGAUGUGUAACUUUUCGCGGUAUGAAGACUUCCUGACCAUCGUCACCAAAGCUUUCGAUCCAAAAGUUUUAUCGCUCACGGUCAUCCCGCUGGUGGCGGCCUUCAGCACCAGGCUCUACUCGCGGCUCCUCCUCAGUGUACUGCUAACGGAAUAUCUCAACACUAUAUUGAAAUGGAUACUUGCCGAAGAUCGUCCCUUCUGGUGGGUCCGAGAAACGAAAGAGUUCAGCUCCCUAAACCGUCCAAAGUUGUACCAGAAUGAGCUGACCUGUGAACCAAGUCCGGGCAAUCCGUCCGGCCACCUCAUGACGUCAACUACAUUCCUAUACGUGAUAUUUUCUGUGCUGGAAGACGCUGGUCUUCAACAUGGCAAAGCAGUUGUCAUCGUUCUUCGUGCCUGCUACUACCUAGCAUUGUGUUUGAUUUCGAUUUCCCGCAUGUACUUCGGAUGCCAUUUCCUCCAUCAGUGCAUCUUUGGCAUCCUGUUUGGGGUUCUUUUCACCAAGUUCACCAUGUCGUUGAGUUUUGAAAAGUACCUCUCCAAGCUGAGCCGUAAGCGGCGAUUAGCCUACGUCUUCCUGACUUGCUUGCUGCUGCUGGGAGUCUACUGGGGUCAAAAACUGUUCGGAGUUGAUCCACAAUGGUCGGUCAAGAUGGCUUUCAAGUGGUGUGAAGAUCCAUUCUUUUUGGAUCCCAGCACAACACUAGUGUUCAGCAUUAUUCGGCUGUCCGGAGCAUUGUUUGCCUUUGCCAUCGUUGGACCAGUACUGAGGACAACCUCGUUAAACUGGAAGCGUAGUGUCCCAUUGACCUUGGCCAUGAUGGCCGCCAAGUGGAUUGCAGUCGGAUACACUCCUCGCUACUACGGUGUCGUUCUUUACUAUCUCUACACAUUUUUUGUCCAUAUGAUUUUCGUCUACGGCUACAUGCGAAUAGUUCCGGCUUUGGCCAACGUCUCGUCAGAUUCCAGAGUACAACGCAAUAUGAGGCUUAAAACUAACUAGGCUGAAAUCUAGAGCCAACUAACACCUAGUCUAAUUUAUACACAAUUACUUCGUGCAAUAAGUGAGGUUAGUGCAAUAAGGCUUAGCUGAAAUGAGUAGAUGGUAUUUAAGAUCCGAGUCAACUCUAACGUGCAUCCUACGUAGAAGUAAAAACAAAACAAAUGAUAAGUCUUCGAAAGAGAAAAGUGGCGCUUUUUGAAACAGUCAAUUUAUGGUUAUACAAUGCUUUUGCAUGCUCAUAUCACACGCGCGCACUCCACAUUAGUUGAAACAAUUCACUUUAAACAUGAUGUUAAUAGAAAUUUCUUUCCUAAUAAAUAACAAACAAAAGUCUAAA